AAAUAAGUCGUCUGAAUUGACCUGUCACGAUAAUGCUAUAAUUUAUUAUGCGCUAAAGUAGCAUACAUUAUCGUUCUCCAUUUACUCAUCAAUAUGGUAUUGAAAGAAAUCUGGGUUGCCCGUCAUGGGUUUCGUGAAGAUUGGGUUAAUGACAACCCACCUCUCCCUACCAACCUUCGUAAUGACCCACCUCUUUCUGAUUUUGGAAGACAGCAAUCGCUUGAAUUAGCUGCUUAUUUAAAAGACAAAUCAAUUGAUCGGAUUUACUCUUCACCUUUUUAUCGCGUUUUAGAAACCGUGUACCCGCUUGUUUUAGAAUGUGAUAUGCCUCUCUUUAUUGAUAAUGCCAUGGCUGAAUGGUAUGGCUUAACGCAUGGUCGCUAUUUGCCUUGCGCCCCUCUCCCAGAGUUAAAGAAGCUUUUUCCUAAGCUUAAUAUCGAACAUCAUUCGUCCAGUAUUCCUUUACCUACUGAGGUGGAGACUGAGCAUGAUUGUCAUCUUCGUGUCAAGAAAGGUUUAGAUAUUUUGGUAGAUGAGUUAGAUUCGGAUAAGGGGCAGCCCCAAACGAUCUUAUUAUCUGGUCAUGCUGCGUCUGCUAUUUGCGCUGUACGUGCAUUAUUAAACGAUUCCCAUUUCUAUGUAAAUACUGGCACCUGUUCCCUAUCCCGUUUGAUUCGACAAGACGACAAAACAUGGAAAAUAAUGGAAAAUGGCGAUUGCAGUCAUCUAAGCCAAGGCGAACAAAGAUCCUGGAUGUUUUCUGGUGAUGUUCCUGACUACGAGUUGAAAUGAAUAUCAAAUUGCCAUUUUUUUGAAG